AUGGCUAUUGGAUUGGCGAAGUUGGAUCUAAUAACCGUUUUUGUUGAAUGUGUACUUUAUGUUAUGAAACGGCGGAGAAUAAAACACCUUCAAUCGAGAGGAACUCUGAAAAUUCUUUUUGUUGUCCUUGUAAUGCUCUUGCUUGCAACAUUGCACGUCUCUGUUCACUUUCAUAGAACUCUUUCUGCGUUCUUCAAAUCAGGGACAUCUGGUGCAGCAACAGAAAAGAUAAACACGAUUGGAAAACUCGACGGGAUACUAGUUAGUAUUGACAGUGUGGGGUAUACCUUGAAGACUACUACAUACUACCUGCAAACAUAUGUGGGUGAUGCUUUUGUGAUAUACCGCGUGCAUAUAGUUUGGAGCGGGAACAAGAAAGUAAUGACACCCAUCGUGGUAUCAUUCCUUACCAGUGUUGGCCUUUCAAUCUAUGUUUUGCAAGAAAUGGCACAAGCUGCCCGCGGAGACACAAUCUUCGAAAGCCGGUUGUAUGACUCCAUCCUAUGCUUUUUCGUUCUUACCCUGUUCACGAAUCUGGGCUCUACAAUCUUGAUUGCUGGUCGCAUUCAUUGGCUACACAGCCAAGUAAGAGAUGCUAGUCGAAUCUUUGUCUCUUGCCCCCUUUUUGGAACCAGCGCAAGGGCCGGUUGCAGUGCCAUAUUUGUCGCGACCGUCAUUUCAGAGUCUGCAGCCAUCUACUCCGCAACGUUAGUUGUAAUUUUGAUCCUCUAUACUCUCAAGAUCCACACGGUUUAUCUCCUCCUUGAUGCGGUGACUCAACUCAUUGGUAUCGUCUUUACUUUCGUGGUCAUUCGAGUAGCCAUCGGAGUGUCUACAGAGGCAACUCCUCCCUUAAGGCCGGAUGAUGAGCCCGAGUCCCCGGUGUCGCUGUCAGGACUCGAGGACAAAGAGAUUGUAAUGAGUAUGACAUGA